AAACAGAUACAUUACGCUUACAACAUGCUAAUUCAUUCACACUCGGCGACAACCAUGCAAUUUCAGUAAAAAUUAUGAUUGGCCAACUUAGUAAAAUCUAAACAAACCGUUGUGAUAGUUGCCCAAAUACUCUUGAGGUUUAAAAUGAUUGCUUUCCAGUUUCGAUGUUAAAUCAUUAGUCUUCCGCCGUUUCCAAGUCUCAGGUUUCGUCAGGUUUUGUCUCCUUGUAUCUUUGUUGCUUGACUUAAAACUACUGAAUUCACUUUUUUGAAAAAAUGAAGUCACUGGCCGCACCUGCAAUUUUUCUUAUCGUUUCCAGUGUUGUAUGUGUCCUGUCCCUGCCGUCUCUAUUCAAGGAGAGAAUCGACAAACCAUCUCUCGAGAGGAAACAAACGCGGAACCUGUAUCAGUUUGGAUUAAUGAUCUGGUGCGCCACAAGUCGGAGUCCAUGGGAUUAUUACGAUUAUGGAUGUUGGUGUGGAUAUGGCGGAUCAGGUACUCCUGUUGAUGACACUGACAGAUGCUGCCAAAUACACGACUCAUGUUACGAUGCUCUUGUUAACAACACCAUCUGUUCUACGUGGUGGAAGCCGUACUUUCUUAACUACCUUUUCACUCCCUGUCACAAAUGUGACCCUGAAUCUAGUUAUCCAUCUGAUGAAGUGGAUGUCACGUGCAAGAGAGCUCUUUGUGAAUGUGACAGCCAAGCCACCAAAUGUUUUGCGAAUUCAACUUUUAAUGCGGCGAAUAUCGACUACGACACUUCAAAGUGCUGAUGCAUAAAUAAUGAAUGAAAAAUGGUUAGAUACCUUAAUAAAAAAAAGGUGCCUUA